AUGCGCCUGCUUAGACCAGGCCGCAGCUGCAAAGGUGCCUUGCUAGCAACGGCCGGAGCCAUCUUGCUUUCGUCUUCCGACGAACGCCUUCUGCGCUUGACCGACACCAGAGAUGCUAUGGCUUUGACGUGCCCUCCGAUGGCACAGGAACAUGCAGUUCCUUCCGUGCUAGGCCGUGGAAGAGGUAUGGAAACAUUUUUUGACUCCAAGUCUACCCCAAGGCAAUUUCGCACCCGCUCCACACCUUGCAGAGCUCAGGCUGAGCCAGUUUGGUCUACCGCAAGGCCUCGAGCGCGUUUGGCCCGCUCCACAGCCGGAAUUCUGCUCGGACUUUGCAUCGGGUUUGCUGCAGCUUCCAGUGCGAAGGCCGCUGCCGUUGCAGCCAGGCCUCACCUUGGGAUUCGCCUGGCGACCAAGAUGAAGACUUGUUUUUCUAUCCCCGACUGGGCCAUCCUCAUGAUGAUCUCAGCCUUGCCACUAGUGGAACUUCGUGGAGGGGUUCCAGUCGGUCUUUGGAUGGGAUUGGCCGUGCCGCAGGUGAUGUUGCUGUGUAUUGUGGGCAACAUGAUUCCAAUCCCGCUGAUACUGGCAGCGCUCAGGAUUGAGCAGAUGAAGCAGUUGCUGUCUCCGCUGCUAAAACGCGCAGCGCAGAAGACAGAGCCAAUCGGAGCCCAUGACCGAUGGGUUGGUGUCGCAGCGUUCGUCGGUGUCCCUUUGCCUGGGACGGGAGCCUGGACCGGCGCCAUGGUGGCCUACCUGCUAGGGAUGGACCUCUGGGAGGCUAUCACGUCAGUCCUAGCUGGAGUCGUCGUGGCUGCUUGCAUCAUGGCGUCGCUAACCCUGGCCGGCUGGUUUGGCUGUGCUUUCGUCGUGAUGCUUGGAAUUGUUGCCUUGGCCAGCAGAUGGCUGCAGAUGCGGAAGUCGUGA